AAUACUGUCCUAGGCUUUGAUGUAAAAGAAGCAUUAUUUAAGCUCUUUCACAACUCUAUCCUAAACAGAAUAAUCCAUUACUUAUAUCGCUUCUCUUUAUUGUUAUUCCAAUGGGUUUGCAUCAAAGAAAUCAUGUCCCAUUUUCGUUUUUGUUCGUGAUUUUAAUCAUGGUGUUCACCUCUCGUGUAACAUAUGGGGCGGAUGACAAAGACAAGGAGGAGUGCACGGAGCAGUUGGUGGGACUAGCAACAUGUUUGCCGUAUGUUGGAGGCAAUGCUAAAUCUCCAACACCCGAUUGUUGUAGUGGUUUGAAACAAGUGUUGAAUACUAACAAGAAGUGCUUGUGUGUUGUGGUGAAAGAUAGAAAUGAUCCGGAUUUAGGUCUCACAAUCAAUGUCACUCUUGCAUUAGGUCUCCCUACCGUUUGUCAUGCCCCGGCCAAUGUUACAAAAUGUCCAGAACUUCUACAUUUAGCUCCUAAUUCAACGGAAGCACAAGUUUUCUAUCAAUACGGGCGCUCUUCUAGUGCUAGUGUUCCUGCUAGCAGCCCCAUUUCAAAUGAUAGUGGUAACGCGACAACUGCGGGAGGCUCAGGAACAAGUACUAAAAGACCAAUUGGUAACUCGAGUGGCACUAGUCGACGCACAUGGCUACAACGAGAAGUCAUUCUUAUGGGAGUCCUUUCGUGCAUUUUCACUUCAACUUUUGUCAUAUAAUUAUCUAGUGUAGUGGUCUCACAUUUGUAUGUUUGUGUAUUUAUCGAGUGUUAUAUUGUUAUCUAACAUAUGAUACAUCUCGGCAUAAUUUAUCUUCUUUUGAUUCAA